AUGGGAUUGCAAAAAGGUACGAUUGACAUCCCAAGGGAGAUAGUGAUCGAGAGAUCUCCCGAUGAAGAACAGGGUGUAGAAAGGCCGCGUAAGGAAAGUUACUGGAAGGCUUUAAUUGCUGUUUUCACAGCUGGAUGUGCUUUUAUGUCAGAUGGCUAUCAGCAGGGUAUUAUGACACCAAUUAAUUUAGUACUGAAAAGAGCAUACCCUGAAUAUACUUCAAAGUAUUCAACGAUGGUUUCAAACUCUAAUUUGGUUGCAAAUAUUAUUGGUCAAAUAUUUUUUGGAUUAUUUGUUGAUAGAAUUGGAAGAAAGCAAGGAUUCACUAUUACUACUUCCUUUAUCAUUAUUGGAUCAGUAAUUGCGGCCUGUUCAAAGGGAAGCACACAAAUUGCGAUGUUUUGGAUGCUAACCAUAGCUAGAGGCAUUACAGGAUUCGGAAUUGGUGGAGAAUACCCAACAUCAGCUGCCUCCGCAAUGGAAGCAGCUGAUGAAAAGUUAAGCAAUAGAAAAAAGUUGGUACCUUUUAUCCUGGCCACUAACUUCCCGAUUUCAUUUGGAUUGCCUUUUGCUAGUUGCAUAUUUCUCAUAUUUCUUUCCAUUUGGGGUGAAGAUCACCUUUCCGGAGUGUGGAGAUCAUGCUUUGGCUUUGGUGCCGUCUUUCCAACUAUCAUUUUUUAUUUUAGAUGGAGAAUGGACCAUGCUAAAAUGUUCAAAAAGAACGCAAUCAAGAGAAAAGUCCCAUAUAGUCUAAUAUUAAAAAAGUACUGGAAGCCAUUAUUAGGUGUUUCUGGCGUUUGGUUCAUUAUGGAUUUUGUCAUAUAUCCCAACAACAUAUUUUCUUCUUCUGUGCUAUCUGUCGUUAUUCCAAAGGCCUCCGUGAAAAAAACUGCCGAGUGGUUAUUACUAUUGGGAUCAUUCGCCACUUUUGGAGCUUGCUUUGGUAUGCUCAUUAAUCGUUGGUUCACAAGAAAGCAAAUUAUCAUUAUGGGAUUCUUUUCUUAUGGUGUAAUUUCAAUAAUUGUCGGUGCAGCAUUUGAAAAACUAGCCAAGAUCCCAGCAUUAUUUGUUAUAUUUUACGGACUCAUGAGUUUUGUUAUUUAUGCUGGACCGGCAAACAUGCAGUCCGUAGUGUCAUCCGAAUCUUUUCCAACCUGCAUUAGAGGUACUCUUUAUGGUCUAUCUGCAGGCAUUGGUAAGGCAGGUGCAGCCAUUGGAACAGAAAUUUUUACUCCAAUACAAACGCACGCAGGUACUAAGUACACAUUCUUCUUAUCCGGAGGUCUAUCCUUAAUUGGCUGUCUCUUUGCCUAUUUCCUCAUCGUCAACACUGACAAGUAUGAUCUUGCCGAGAAGGACGAGAAAUUCAAUCAGUAUCUAGUCGAGCAAGGGUGGAAAGGGUUCAUCGGUGAAAGUAAUGAGAAGCAGGAGUUGGGAGUUGAAGAUUAG